AAAUCAAAAUCUGGUUUAAAUAAUUUCUCUGUUUGUUUUUUUUUUAAUUGACCGGCGAUGGAAGCAUUGAGAGCGUCCUACGGCGACUCUUCGUCGGACUCCGAUACCGAUGAUCUUUCUCCGGCUGGUACCAUUACUGAAAACUCCAGCGAGAAAUCAACGGCUAGGAAGCAAGAGAAGGAUUCGAUUUCCUUGCCUCCUCCGCCGCUUGCGCUUCUCGAUUCCAUUGUAUCCACAGGUUCGCUUGACUCCACAGAGCCUGGAGUUCGUGUAAGAAACUUUCCUCACGUCGAUGGAAAUUACGCGUUGCACGUGUACAUACCUGUUUCUAUACCUCCACUGCCGAAGAAGGAGAUUGUUUGUUUCUUAAAGAGGGUUGCAUCAGUUGUUCCUCAUCUUCAUUUGGUGGAGGCUGAUGUGCCACUCAGCAUUCUAUGCAAGGAUGAUCAGAAGUUUGAGCGUGCCUUGGGGAGAGAGUUCCACAUUAGCUUAGGAAGAAGUGUUCCUCUACGUGUUCAUCAGAUUAACUCGGUGGUUUCUAUGCUUCGGCAAAAGCUUCAAUUACAGAAGAGAUAUGCAAUCGAUUUUAAUAAGUGGGAAGUCUUUGUGAAUGACGAUUGUACUCGCUCUUUCCUUUCUUUGGAAAUCACCACUUCAGGACUAUCCGAGAUAAGUAAGCAAAUUGAUGCUGUUAAUGAAGUUUACAAGCUCCACAAUCUGCCAGAGUUCUACAAGGAUCCGCGGCCACAUAUAUCCUUGGUCUGGGCGUUGGGUGAUAUUAGAACUUCCCUAAAGGGAGCUGUUGACGCGGAACUGAGGAAGCUUAGAGCUGGUGGUUGCGUUCAGAAUCGUAUCUUCACCUCUAAGUUUGGUGGGAUUGAGUGUAAGAUAGGAAACAAAACACACAAAAUAUGUAAACUCCCAGAUGAAUAAGAAAAUCCCAAAUUUCUGUGUUUGCUGACCUAUCAGGUAUGCAUUUGUAACGACAUAGAAGCAUGAGUUGAUCUGUGAUCUUAGGUGUUCCA